UGAAAGCGUACGAGUUAAACUGCUGUAUAAUCCACGCGUUAAACAAUUCAUGAUCAAAUGAGAAAAAUAAACAGACUGCGGGUUCUGUUUCUGGUAUAAACCCGUUUUGUUUGUCAAAUCAGACUACAUCAUUUUCCAAACGCAGAAACACAGUUUAUCCAAAACCUAACAAACAAAUCCAUGUGCAAUGUAACCUUUCUAUUUCUCAGUGUCCAAGACACUACGUUAAGCAAACCUUUCUGUCGUCCUUCAUCCUCUCUUUUUCUGACACAAAAAAAAGCCCCCAAACCUUAUUACAAUUAAUAAACUUCAUAAGUCCAUUAGCAUUAUAUGAGCGUCACAAUAUCAUCCUCCGUCACUGCGGUCUCAGGGGAGUGCGCGCGCAGCGUCUACCUGAGACACACCUGAACCGACCCGCUCGCCUCGCUGGCUCCGCACUACGCAUGCGCAGCUCUGCUUCAGAGGCUACCUCACUGUCAUGGCGGAGUGGAGCUGUUAGCAGGAGGUGAAUUCAGGAAGAGAUGGCGCUGUAAGUCGGUUGUCGCUAAAAAAAACAACAACCCAGGGGAGCGUCGCAGCUUCGGAAGAGCUCCAGCAGGACUCUAAUCUUCGGACGAGGACAGCCGGAGCCGGGGUGGGACCCGGAGUGUCUUAAAGCCCCGGGAUCCUGCCUACCUGUCGCCUUUAGCGGCUCCCAGUGCUGAAGCACAGAGCCGUAGUUUCCUGUGUGUAAACAAGGACAAACACCGACACUGGCUAUUUCUUUGUUGCCGUUAGCGGGGCUCCGUCUGGCGAGGAAGUGUUUUCGCGUUGGGACACAUUUUGGCAACGUUGUUUCUUUCGCUUCGUGACUCGUCAAGUUCUUGCCCGCGUGGAUAUUGCGUGACAGCUCCGGCGUCGCCGCUCGCGCCGAAUGAAAGCGUCCGCGUGAGCCCCCGGUGAAGCCGUCGGAGUCGCGUGUGGAUGGGGGACCGGCUGUCGCGGGCGCUGUCGUGUUUGUCCGCCUAGCCGAAGCAGAGCGCGCAGCCGCUCGGUUAUUCCCGUGAACUCUGCGGCGUCGCGGGCUGAACAGGUGCCCUUACCUGCCCCUGCCACCUGUCUCUGCUACCUGCCCCUGCUACCUGCCCUUCCCUCAGCGAUGGCUAGCGAGGGCGAGAGGGCGGCCGCCAUACCCGUCAGGGGAAUUCGGAUGAAGUUCGCCGUGCUUGCCGGCCUUGUGGAAGUCGGAGAAGUUCCCAACCGGGACAUCGUGGAGACCGUCUUCAACCUGCUGGUUGGUGGGCAGUUUGACCUGGAGAUGAACUUCAUCAUCCAGGAGUCCGAGAGCAUCGAGUGCAUGGUGGAGCUCCUGGAUAAGUGUGAGGCCACGUGCCAAGCUGAGGUGUGGAGCAUCUUCACCGCUGUGCUGAGGAAGAGUGUGAGGAACCUACAGGCCUGCACAGACGUGGGCCUCAUCCAUCUCGUCCUGCAACGCAUAGACAAGAUGGACAGCGUCGUGGCAGACCUGCUGGUGGACAUGCUGGGAGUUCUGGCCAGUUACAGCAUCACAGUGAAGGAGCUGAAGCUGUUCUUCAGUAGGCUGCAAGGCGAUAAAGACCAAUGGCCUCUCCACGCUGCGAAGCUGCUCUCCGUGCUGAAGUGCAUGGCCCACCGCACCGGCCCUGACGCCUUCUUCAUGUUCCCGGGGAAGAGUGCCGCGGCCAUUGCACUACCACCGAUCGCAAAGUGGCCGUACCAGAACGGCUUCACCUUCCACACCUGGCUGCGUGUGGACCCCAUCAACAACAUCAACGUGGACAAGGACAAGCCCUAUCUUUACUGUUUUCGCACAAGUAAAGGCUUAGGGUAUUCGGCACACUUUGUGGGUGGCUGUCUGAUCGUGACCUCGUUGAAGUCCAAAGGGAAGGGCUUCCAGCACUGUGUGAAAUACGACUUCAAGCCUCAGAAGUGGUACAUGGUUACCAUAGUGCACAUCUACAACCGCUGGAAGAACAGUGAAAUCAGCUGCUAUGUUAAUGGAGAGCUGGCCUCAUAUGGAGAAAUCACCUGGUUUGUCAACACGAGUGAUACGUUUGAUAAAUGCUUCCUGGGCUCGUCGGAGACGGCGGACGCAAACCGGGUCUUCUGCGGCCAGAUGGGGGCGGUGUAUCUGUUCAACGAAGCGCUCAAUGCCGCUCAGAUCCUCGCCAUCUUUCAGCUUGGCGCUGGAUACAAGGGCACGUUUAAGUACAAGGCUGAGAGUGACCUGCUGUUUGCGGAGCACCACAAGGCUCUGCUGUAUGAUGGGAAGCUGGCGGGCAGCGUCGCCUUCACGUACAACCCCAGAGCUACAGACGCGCAGCUGUGUUUGGAGUCCUCACCCAAGGACAAUGCCUCCAUCUUCGUACACUCGCCUCAUGCCCUCAUGCUGCAGGAUGUGAAGGCAGUAACGACCCACUCUGUUCAGAGUGCCAUCCACUCCAUCGGUGGGGUGCAAGUGCUCUUUCCUCUCUUCAAACAGCUGGACUUACUGCAGCCCACUGGCGAGGAGCUGGACACCACUGUCUGCUGCACCUUGCUGGAGUUUUUGAUGGAGCUGUUGAAGAUGUCUGUGGCCAUGCAGGAGCAGGUGUUGGCCUCUAAGGGUUUUCUGGUCAUUGGCUACUCCCUGGAGAAGUCUUCCAAAGUUCAUGUGACGAGACCAGUGCUAGACAUCGUCUUGGCUUUUGCUCGUUACCUUAGCAACCUGCCGACGGGUGUCUUGCUGUUGAAGCAGCUGUGUGACCACAUCCUGUUCAACCCUGCCAUCUGGAUCCACUCCCCUGCAAAGGUGCAAUUAACCCUGUACACUUACCUUUCCACGGAGUUCAUCAGCACUGUCACCAUCUACAACGCCGUUCGCAGGGUGGGCACGGUACUCCAGGUCAUGCACACACUGAAGUACUUCUACUGGGUGGUGAACCCCCAGGAUCGUAGUGGCAUCGUCCCCAAGGGUCUCGAUGGUCCACGGCCCAGUCAGAAGGAGAUCCUUGGUCUCAGGGCGUUUCUGCUUCUGUUUGUCAAACAGCUCAUUAUGAAGGACUAUGGGGUGAAGGAAGAUGAGCUCCAGAGCAUUCUCAACUACCUGCUCACCAUGCAUGAGGAUGACAAUCUGAUGGAUGUGCUGCAGCUACUGGUGGCUCUGAUGUCGGAGCACCCGAGCUCUAUGGUCCAGGCCUUUGACCAGCGCAACGGCAUUCGAGUGAUCUAUAAGUUGCUUGCGUCCAAAAGUGAAGGAAUCCGAGUGCAGGCACUGAAAGUUCUGGGUUACUUCCUCCGACAUUUACCGCCAAAGAGGAAGUCCGAGGUCAUGCUGGGUCACGCCCUUUUCUCCCUGUUGACCGAACGCCUGAUGCUCCACUCCAACCGUUUCUCCAUGACGUCUUACAACGUCCUCUAUGAGAUUCUUACGGAGCAGAUCUGCACACAAGUGGUUCACAAACAGCACCCAGACCCCGACUCCACAAUGAAGAUCCAAAACCCACAGAUCCUUAAGGUGAUUGCAGCCCUGUUGAAGAACGCCCCAGCAGGGCCAGAGAGCAUGGAGGUGCGCAGGCUCUUCCUCUCUGACAUGAUCAAACUGUUCAACAACAGCAGAGAGAACAGGAGGAGUCUCCUCCAGUGUUCCGUGUGGCAGGAGUGGAUGCUCUCUCUGUGUUUUAUAAACCCCAAGAACAGCGAGGAGCAGAAGAUCACCGAGAUGGUUUACGCCGUCUUCCGGAUCCUCCUCUAUCACGCCAUCAAGUACGAGUGGGGCGGCUGGCGUGUGUGGGUCGACACGCUCUCCAUCACACACUCCAAGGUCACCUUCGAGCAGCACAAAGAGAAUCUGUCCCAGGCUUUCCGUGAGUACCAGCGGGCAGGUUCCGAUAGCGGUUCCGGAACCAGAAUCCGAACCGUCUCUGGGGCCAGCCGGGAUUCCGAGCACCAGACCAGGGCCAACGGAGAGAUUCCAGCGGAGCAUCCAGGAGCUGCUUCAUCCACGGUCAUAGAGCUGCAGGUGGACGGACGCUGCUCUGGUCAGCUCAGCCCCACCGAGGUAGAGGAGCAGGAGCGUGCUGUCAGUGUCUCCAACAUCCUAGCCAGAGCUGAGGAAGAGGAGACCAAAGAGGAAGAAGUAGUGACGGAAGCGGGUGCAGAAGGUGAGCUGGAGAAGGAGACUGCAGAAGGACCACAGGCACCAGCAGUGUCUGAGGCUCCAUCCACCCAAACCCCAGGAGACGAGGAGGAUCUCAACAGCUCCGAAACCACCAGCAAAACGGACUCUGAUCUACAAACCCACGCCGAGAAGCUUCUGGAAGGGGUUGGUCAAGCGGUAGCGGCGGGGGAGAUGGAAAUGCAGGCAGAAGGCUUAGAGAAAUGCCCUGCGACUGAGGAGAGUGCACCUGCGCGAGUCUCCUCUGACAGCAGCCUGGUUGGUGGAGAGGCGGGUGAACGUUCUUUAGCCAGCGACUUGGCCAAGGCCAGCGACGACAGCACGGAGGAGUCCUCCUUUGUCUCAGCUGUAGCUACACCGGUGGAGGAAGAGGACGAAGACGAGGAAGAUAAAGAUGCCCGAGAGGAGAGGGAGGGGAAGUGCGAGAAGAAAGAGGGGACGGCACCGGAAAGUAGCAACGCUGACGAGAAGGAACUCGCAGAGACGGCUCAGGGCCCCGGCACGGAGGUUGGCUCCCAGCCUGUAGGGGGCGCUGCAGACAGCGACAGGGCCAUAGAGGAUCAGGCCGAGAGCUCCGGCACCAAGACCAAAGACAUAAAGAUCGCCAGGCUGGACGUGGCCAGUGUGGCCAUCGACACGGAGAGGCUGGAACUGAAGGAGACCACAGUCGCAGGUGGAGGCCAGAUGCAGCCAGCACCGCCUGCGGCCGUGGGAACCUCCGCCCAGGCCCACGAGACCUCCACCUCCUCUCGUUCCGCCAUGUUCCGUAUCCCAGAAUUCAAAUGGUCUCACUUGCACCAGCGCCUUCUGACCGACCUGCUCUUCUCCAUAGAGACGGAUGUGCAGAUGUGGAGGAGCCACUCUACUAAGACAGUGAUGGACUUUGUGAACAGCAGUGAGAAUGUGGUGUUUGUGCACAACACGGUGCACCUGAUAUCUCAGGUGCUGGACAACCUCAUCAUGGCCUGUGGAGGAAUCCUGCCCCUACUGUCUGCAGCCACUUCCUCCUCGCACGAGCUGGAGCUCAUCGAGCCCUCUCAGGGCCUGGCUGUGGAGGCAUCGCUGGCCUUUCUGCAUCGUCUCGUCAGCCUGGUGGACGUGCUGAUCUUUGCCAGCUCGCUCAGCUUCACGGAGAUCGAGGCUGAGAAGAACAUGUCGUCAGGAGGCAUCCUCAGACAGAGUCUGCGGCUCGUGUGUUCAAUGGCGGUACGGAACUGUCUGGGGUGCCAGCAGCACUCCCACUACAAGCUCGGGGUGGAGGGCAGCCAGAAAGUACAGCACGGCAUGCUGGGAACUGCUAAGCUCAUGCCAGCUCAGAGUCCUAUAGACAUUGUGACAGGAGGGAUCUCUCCCAUCAGGGACAUGGACCGUUUGUUGCAGGACAUGGACAUUAACCGCCUGCGUGCCGUGGUCUUCAGGGACAUCGAGGACAGUAAACAGGCACAGUUCCUGGCUCUGGCUGUGGUCUACUUCAUCUCUGUGCUCAUGGUGUCCAAAUACCGAGAUAUCCUGGAGCCUCACAAUGACAAGAGCAUCAGCACAAAGCGCACAGAGAGCAUCUCUUCUGAUCUAGGGAACAGUGCAUCUCCUCUCCGGAGAGACUCCGCCUUCGGAGACGAGCGUGCACCUGUAACCCCUAGCGACGGAGAGCCCCGGACGGCUCCCGACGCCGUGUCUGAAGCCCUCUCCACCUUGUCCUCAGAGGUCAAGAGAGGUCAAGAGGUCACAGACAAGGACAGUAAGAGUAAGAAUGUGAAGGACAUCCUCAGGAGCCUGGUCAGUGCCCGGGCUGAUGACAUCAUGGUGGACCCCAGCCUGCUGCCUCCAGCGUUUCUGGGUUCGGUGGGGGAGGAGUCUCACGAACAGGCUGUCCAAUUCCGCUCCUUUGACAGGAGUGUGGUCGUGGCACCCAAGAAAGUAGGAGGAGCUCCAUCACCAUCUUCAGGCUCCGCCUCCACCCUGGCUGCUGUCCCAUCAUCCACUGCUGUGUCUGCCAGUGGAACACCAGUCAGCAGCGUGUCCGUGGUGUCUGCAGAGGACUCUGCGCAGGGCACCGGUGCAGACUCUGCUACAGCAGCCAGUUCCAACCUGCCAUCUGUCCCUGUCCUGUCCCCAGUGACCCAGAGCACUGCUCCCAACAUGAGCAUCUCGGAGCGCUUGGAGCACGCCCUGGAGAAGACUGCCCCCCUGCUGAGGGAGAUCUUUGUGGACUUCGCGCCGUUUCUCUCCCGCACUUUGUUGGGAAGCCACGGACAGGAGCUGCUGAUAGAGGGAACCAGUUUGGUGUGUAUGAAGUCCAGCAGUUCUGUGGUGGAACUUGUUAUGCUGCUGUGUUCACAGGAAUGGCAGAAUUCUAUCCAGAAAAACGCUGGUCUAGCCUUCAUUGAACUGGUCAACGAGGGCAGACUGCUGAGUCACACUAUGAAGGAUCACCUGGUGCGCGUGGCAAAUGAAGCUGAGUUUAUCCUGAGCCGCCAGAGAGCAGAGGACAUCCACAAACACGCUGAGUUUGAGUCUCACUGUGCUCAAUAUGCUGCUGAGAAACGUGAUGAGGAGAAGAUGUGUGACCACCUGAUCAGAGCUGCCAAGUACCGAGAUCACAUGACUGCCACCCAGCUGAUCCAGAAGAUUGUCCAUAUUCUGACAGACAAGCACGGAGCCUGGGGAAACUCCUCCUACAGCCGGCCGUGGGAGUUUUGGCGGUUGGAUUACUGGGAGGAUGACCUGAGGAGACGUCGGCGUUUCAUCAGAAACCCGUUUGGAUCAUCACACUCGGAGGCCACACUGAAGGCUGCAGCCGAGCAUGCUCCCGAGGAGGACAUCCUGAAAGGCCAACGGCCCCUCCGAAACCAGGCGCUGGCCAACCACAGCGCGGAGAACGAGAGCCUGUCGGACGGCGACGAUGACACGCUGUCAUCGCUGGAAGAGAAGGACUUGGAGACCCUAACAGGCCCCGUUAACCUAAGCACGAGCGCGCAGCUGGUCGCUCCUGCCCUCGUGGUGAAGGGCACGCUGUCCAUCACAGCCGCUGAGCUCUAUUUCGAGGUGGAUGAAGAAGAACCCAGCUUUAAGAAAAUCGAUCCCAAGAUCUUGGCACACACAGAAGGCUUGCAUGGGAAAUGGCUGUUCGCAGAGAUCCGUGCAGUCUUCUCCCGCCGUUACCUGCUGCAGAACACGGCCGUGGAGAUCUUCAUGGCCAACAGGACUGCGGUGAUGUUCAACUUUGCGGAUGUGGUCACGGUGAAGAAGGUCAUACACUGUCUCCCCAGGGUGGGAGUAGGAACCAGCUUUGGCCUCCCUCAGACCAGGCGGAUCUCUCUGGCGAGCCCCAAGCAGCUGUUUAAAGCCUGCAACAUGACCCAACGUUGGCAAAGACGAGAGAUCUCCAACUUCGAGUACCUCAUGUUCCUCAACACCAUCUCAGGUCGCACCUACAAUGACCUGAACCAGUACCCAGUGUUUCCCUGGGUGAUCACUAACUAUGAUACAGAGGACCUGGAUCUCACACUACCCAGCAACUACAGAGACCUCUCCAAGCCGAUUGGUGCCCUGAAUCCAAAGAGAGCCGCCUUCUUCACUGAACGCUUUGAAUCAUGGGAGGAUGAACAGGUGCCCAAAUUCCACUAUGGCACACACUACUCUACGGCAAGCUUCACUAUGAUGUGGCUUCUGAGGACUGAGCCGUUCACCACCUUUUUCCUGAACUUCCAAGGAGGGAAGUUUGAUCACGCAGACCGUACCUUCUCCUCCAUCUCCAGAGCCUGGAAGAACUGCCAGAGAGACACAUCAGAUGUGAAGGAGUUGAUUCCCGAGUUUUACUACUUGCCGGAGAUGUUUGUUAACUCCAAUAACUACAGCCUUGGAGUGAUGGAUGAUGGGACAGUAGUGUCAGAUGUGGAGCUGCCACCUUGGGCCAAGAGCCCUGAGCAGUUUGUCCGAAUCAACCGACUGGCUCUGGAGAGUGAGUUCGUGUCCUGCCAGCUGCACCAGUGGAUUGAUCUGAUCUUCGGCUACAAGCAGCAGGGACCUGAAGCAGCACGAGCCCUCAACGUCUUCUAUUACCUGACCUACGAAGGAGCCAUCAACCUGGGCAACAUAACAGACCCCAUGCUCCGAGAGGCGGUGGAGUCUCAGAUCAGGAGUUUUGGACAGACUCCUUGCAAGCUGCUGAUUGAACCCCACCCACCCAGAAGCUCAGCCAUGCAGGUGACUCCGUUGAUGUUCACAGACCAGAUGCAGCAGGAUGUCGUCAUGGUGCUGAAGUUUCCCUCCAACUCCCCCGUGGUGCACGUGUCCGCCAACACCCAGCCUGGCCUCGCCAACCCCGCCGUCAUCACAGUCACCGCCAACCGUCUCUUCGCUGUCAACAAGUGGCACGGUCUCACAGGUCACCAGAGCUCAUCGGCACCGGAGCAGCAAUACCAGUUACCAGUGGAGAUUGAUCCUCUGAUAGUGAGUAACGUGGGGACUCAUCGCAGGCAGAUUACAGAUCUGUUGGAUCAGAGUAUCCAGGUCUCGUCUCAGUGCUUCGUCCUCACGGCUGAUAACCGCUUCCUUCUCCUCGCUGGCUUCUGGGACAAGAGCUUCCGCAUCUACUCCACUGACACAGGUAAGCUGACGCAGAUUGUGUUUGGCCACCGGGAUGUGGUGACGUGUCUGGCGCGCUCUGAGUCGUACAUCGGCGGAGACUGCUACAUGCUGUCUGGAUCCAGAGACGCCACCCUACUGCUCUGGCACUGGAGCGGCAAGCACUGCAGCAUCGGCAAUGGUACACCGACAGAAUUUGUGACUCCUCGUGCAAUUCUCACGGGCCAUGACUGUGAAGUGACAUGUGCAAGUGUGUGUGCAGAGCUCGGACUAGUCAUCAGUGGCUGCAAAGAGGGGCCAUGCCUCAUCCACUCUAUGAAUGGGGACCUGUUGCGGACUCUGGAGGGCCCUGAGGAUUGUGUGUGUCCACGGCUGCUGCUGGCUUCCACAGAGGGCCACUGCGUCAUCUACUAUGACAGGGGCCACUUCUGCACAUACAGCGUCAACGGCAAACUGCUGGGACACAUGGAGGUGGACGACAGCAUCAGGGCGAUGCUGUUGAGUAAAGAUGGGCAGUACCUGCUCUGUGGUGGAGAUGGAGGAGUGCUGUCUGUCUGGCAAGUUCACGACCUCAAGCAGCUGUUCAGCUACCCGGGCUGUGACGCAGCUAUCCGCUCCAUGGCCAUGUCCAAUGACCAAAGAUGCAUCAUCACUGGUAUGGCGUCUGGCAGUAUAGUUCUUUUCUAUAAUGACUUUAACAGAUGGCAUCACGAAUACCAGACCCGAUACUAAUACGGUGACCAUGGCGACAGAACAUGCAGAGGGGGGUGCUAACUAAUACUGCCAGAGCACCACUGAAUACUGAGCACUGAAUGUAUUCUGACUAUUCAAAUAAGCAUAGCUAUUUUUAAGAAAAAGGGCAUUGCUAUAUUUUGUAUAUCUUAUUACAUUUCUUAUCUUAGGAAGGGGUUAUAUACCUAGUGUUGGGCGGAGUGAUUUAAAACAAUCUAUUUUUAGCUGUAAAGAUCUAUUUUCACCUCAGCCCUAAUGACAAUGAUGGGUUUAAGAGGUUAAUAGCUAGCAAAUAUAUUUACACCUACUGUCCAUAUAUAGAGUCCAUAUAUUUGUGAUUUCUGGGUGAGUGAUUUUGUUUUCCCCUGAUGCUGUGACUAUUUUGAGGAUGCUUCUGUAAGCCUGAUCUUCAGUGUGUAAACUCCCUAAAGUCUAUAACAUGACACAACAAUUAGUCAUGGAAAAAAGCUACUGAGCAAAAUUGUGUGUCCUCCAGCAUAAAUAGCUGCCUGUUUUCUCAUUCACAGUAUAGGAGCUCCAGUUUUAAAUAUGGGCUUGCUUGUACAAGACUGCGUUUUGACACGAGAGCGUUUGUUUUGAAGAUUCCAUUAAGACUCUUGUGUGUAACCUGUGUAAAUGGUGAUUAUCUAUUCACAUCAAAUGGGCCAUCAACGUAAACAUGUUUACCUCUGCGUGUCAACCAAAGGGCUGAAAUUCGCAUGAGAAAAAUCAGUAAUGUUGGUUUAGAUUGUGUUGUGACCCACUAUAAGGGGUCGACUUUGUUUUUGGGGACUAGCAGGGUGCAACAUAUUUGCAAGAAAUAUUUUAUCAUUUGUGUUUGUAUUCUUCUUUUCUUGAGCUCCAAACCUAUAAAUGUACCAGCUGUCCAAGACUGUUCUGGGGUGUUUUUGUUUUUUUCAAAUGUAGUCGCGUGUGUUCUGAGGCCCGAGCAGGAAGUGAAGUCAUGUUUGACCAUUCCCCAACAGAGGAGGCUCAGGUGCAAGCUCGCUGAUUUCAUGGUGUGGUGCAGACAGUCCUGAGGACAUGUUCAGAGUGCACAAGGUCACCUUGGGGUGCCACACCUGGUUCAGAUAAUUACCCAGACUUCCAUGCGCCGAAUCAGGAGUGUGAGGGCAGGCCAGUGGAUGCUCAGAACUGGGGACAUCUCUCACCACACCUCCACCUGGGUAUAAGUGUGCACUGUUUGAUUAGAAUAGACCUGUGCGGGUCUGAGAUGUAGACUUACAUAGGUGUAACAGGUCUGCUUGCACACACGUGGGCUUCCUCACAUGUCCGCAACCUUGCUGCCCAUCUGCAGGGGACAGCGGUAAAACAAAGUGAACCUUGUGAGAUUGAGAUGCGAUCCACUGGGGGCAGAGUUACACCUGCUGUGGCAACAACAAGGAUAGCUACUAAUUCUGAUUGGUUGGUUUUGUUUUUUUGUUUUUUCCCCUCUUAAUUAGCUUUCCUAUUCUUCUUUUUAAGUUUUGUUGUUUGACUCAAAUGGCAAUCAGAGUGGAAUGUGUGUGACAAAUUCUAAUAAUAAAAUGGAGUUUUGUACCUGAAA